AUGACUGGGCCAGUAGUUUUUGGUUCGAGAAGCUUGAGUAAAACCACCAAUAGACUCAUUAUAAAAACCUUUAUAGCCCUCCUCUGCAACUCCGCCUACUUAAAUCUGCUUUCAGUCAUCCUGAACACCCCAAGCGGGGUGGUCGCCUCUUUUUCGAGUGGUUUCAAAGACUUUGAAUCACCUUCACUUACUGCUAACCCCAGUCUUUUGUACGAAGCUGGAGAAAGUAACCAUCUACUGCCUGAAGGACGAGGCAUCGGCGAUCCAUCAGGUUUAACUCACGAGCGACCCUUAUCUGAAGGACCAAGACUACAUGAUCCUUCAGAUAACAAUAUGGAAUCAGGGGCUACGAAUAGAAACACAGACGAAAAGGGUUUUCAAGGUGUGAAUGAAAGUAGCCUACUUCAACGGAUACGGCAUAAGGAUGAGGAAGUCAGCGCUCUCAAGAAGUUGUUUACUAAGCAUGGAGUUGCCUUGGUCAUCCGUUACAAGUAUGAGUCAGCUUCCGGAAAGAUACCAAAUCCGGAAACUAUAGCAAGCUUGAAAACAGCCGAACAGGAGUACCGACUAGAAAGAUGGUGGUCGGGCCUGUACAACUUCUUUCGAUCGAUCUUCAAAAGAGGACAAUGGAAAAAGGAUAACCUCUACCUCAACCUGAAGAAGCUCAGGACAGACAUGGACGCGAAAAAUAUCGAAUUCCCUGUAGGGGUCGAGAAGGCAAUCAACCGACUCUCAAUUCUGGAAUACAAGGGUUUUGACUUCUCGGCCGAGGAGGGUCGACUGAUCGAGAGGUUAUCCAAGCAAGCAAAAUCGGCUCAAGGAACAACAGCUGAUGAUUCUGCCAAGUUGUUCCAGCUCAAUGAGGCCGAUAAAAGACUGAUCAACGAAAUCGGUUGGAAAAAGGUGGCCGAAACGAAAGUGCGAGAGAUUGAGGGCUUGUUGAAGGUUUACAGACAGGCCAAGUUGCAGAAUCCAACUAACAACGAAAUCAGCAAAAUCGAGGCAUCGUUAGAGACUCUCGUGCCAAUCAUAACCCAUGAUGAUACUCAAUGGCAUCCCGAGUAUACAACCCUCCUCCAGACCUUCACGAAACUCAAAGACGACAGUGAAUUCCCAAGUGAUCUCGAACUUGACCAGAAAACCGUAGAUCUGAUUGUUACCUUGGGCGCCGAGAGGAAGCGCAUUCAGCGGUAUUCCCCAGCGAUUAUAAAGCACUAA